CGAGGCUCAGUCGGUUGUGUCCGAGUGCAAGGACCAGGGAUCCAAGAUCAAAUGCAGACUGGAGACCAAAGAUUUGUGGGACAAGUUUCACGAUCUGGGAACGGAGAUGAUUAUCACCAAAACUGGCAGGCGAAUGUUUCCCACAGUUCGUGUGUCCUUCACCGACCUUGACCCGUCUGCACGUUACUGUGUUCUCAUGGACAUUGUGGCCGUGGACAGCAAGCGCUAUAGAUAUGCAUAUCACAGAUCCUCCUGGCUGGUGGCGGGAAAGGCAGAUCCUCCUCUACCUGCUCGCCUCCAUCUUCAUCCUGACAGUCCAUUCACAGGCGAGCACUUGCUGAAACAGACGGUCAGUUUUGAGAAAGUGAAACUGACCAACAACAUGCUGGACAAGAACGGACAC